AUGCUCAUUUCAGCCGCUACAACAAUCCGCGACCAGCGAGAGGACCCCCAUAUAGUCACAUUCUCGCCCAAGGUCUUCAUUCCAGUCACAUUCCUCUGCAGGGACACAUGCGCCUACUGCACCUUUGCCAAGCCUCCGGAUCAGGUUCGGCGCGUGUACAUGACCGAAGCUGAGGUGCUGGAAGUGGCUCGGGCCGGAGCUGCGGUCGGGUGUGUGGAGGCUCUGUUUACUCUGGGUGAUAAACCAGAGCUGAGAUAUGAGGAGGCGAGGAAAGAGCUGCAGGAGCUGGGAUUCGCCUCCACCAUACAUUACGUCGCACACCUAACCUACGUCGCACACCUAACCUACCUGCAGGAGCUGGGAUUCGCCUCUACCAUACACUACGUCGCCCAUUUAGCAGCCAGAGUGCUACAGUGCACCGGUCUCCUUCCACACGUCAACGCAGGCACCAUGGGGGCGGCAGACCUUGUCCUUUUGCGCCACGUGGCGGCCAGCCAGGGGCUGAUGCUGGAGAGCACGGCCGAGGGGCUGAUGAAGCCCGGUGGGGCCCACUGGGGAUGUCCAGAUAAGGAGGCGAGUGUGAGGCUGGCUACAAUCAAAGCUGCUGGUGCUGCCCGUAUACCCUUUACAAGCGGUCUCCUUGUGGGUAUAGGCGAGACAAGGGCCGACAGAUUAAGAGACCUGCUAACACUUCGAGACCUUCACUCCCGCUACGGGCACAUACAGGAGAUGAUCAUUCAGCCGUUCCGAGCCAAGGAGCAGACGAGGAUGGGGGGGUGGGACCAUGCAGAAGUGGAGGAGCUGCUGUGGAGCGUGGCGAUGGCGAGAAUCAUGUUUGGGGCUCAUAUGAGCAUCCAGUCUCCACCCAACCUGAGUGCGGGGGACUUGGCUCAGAGUGCACUCAUAGCAGCGGGGAUCAACGACUGGGGAGGGAUCUCUCCAGUCACAGUUGACUGGGUCAACCCUGAGGCCCCCUGGCCGCACGUUCACGAGCUGGCGGCAGUCACUGCAGCUUCUGGGAAGGUUCUCGUGCCUCGCCUGCCGGUCUACCCCACCUUUCUGUCACUGCACAACCAAGACACGACCCCGUGGCCCUUCCCUGCGUCCUGCAACUCUCAGACAGAUCAGGCUAUGCAAGGACCCCGUGGUCCUUCCCCACGUGCUCCCGCACUCAGACGGUUGCGGCUAUGCGGGGUGCCAGCAGUGGGCGCCUGGGACGCUGCUGCCCCUGCCGCCUGGUGCAGAGGGCUUGCUUGUAGCAGCCCCUCACUGUGUCCCUGCUGCCCUCACUUUGUCUCUCCCUGCCUCCAGGACCCCGUGGUUCUUCCCCACAUCCUCCAGCACUCAGACGGUUGCGGCUAUGCGGGGUGCCAGCAGUGGGCGCCUGGAACACUGCUGCCCCUGCCACCUGGUGCAGAGGGCUUAAUAGCAGCAGCAGCAGCAGCAUCUAAGUCUCCUGUCUCUGCCCCUGUCUCUGCCCCUGUCUCUGCCCCUGUCUCUGCCCCUGUCUCUGCCCCUGUCUCUGCCCCUGUCUCUGCCCCUGUCUCUGCCCCUGUCUCUGCCCCUGUCUCUGCCCCUGUCUCUGCCCCUGUCUCUGCCCCUGUCUCUGCCCCUGUCUCUGCCCCUGUCUACGGCCCUGUCUCCCUGCCACCAGGACCCCAUGGUCCUUCCCCACAUUCUACAACUCUCAGACAGCUCUGGCUAUGCGAGGUGCCAGCAGUGGGCGCCUGGGACGCUGCUGCCCCUGCCACCAGUGCCCCUUUUCUCCUGCCCCUUUUCUCCUGCACCUCAUACGAGUCACUUAUGAGAUUUCUUAAAAGCGACUUCAAUAUUGCUGGAGGGACGCACAUUACGGAGAUAGUUCGGCUCUUCUCUGCACGCGGCACUGACUUCCAUGCGGUGUGCCGCGCUGCAGAUGGGCUGAGAGCGGUGGUGAGCGGUGACGUGGUGUCGUACGUGGUGAACCGCAACAUCAACUACACCAACGUGUGCACCUAUGCCUGCCAGUUCUGCGCUUUCAGCAAGGGGAGAUCAGCCGAGCGCCUAAGGGGCAAGCCAUACCUAAUGUCUCUAGAGGAGAUCAGCAGUCGAGCCAAGGAGGCAUGGGAGAGAGGCGCAACAGAGGUCUGCAUGCAGGGAGGCAUACACCCGGACUUCACAGGGGAGACCUACCUCUCCAUCCUCUCGGCUGUCAAGGCAGCAUGUCCCGACAUGCACGUGCAUGCCUUCUCGCCUCUGGAGGUGUGGCAUGGUGCCACAUCCCUCAACUGCAGCGUGCCGCAAUUUCUCAAGCUCCUGAAGGAUGCGGGUCUGGGUUCUCUGCCUGGAACGGCUGCUGAGAUCUUGGACGACUCAGUGCGAGCAGUGCUGUGCCCAGAUAAGAUCUCAACCGUCCAGUGGAGGGAGGUGAUCGAGGCCGCUCAUGCUGUGGGCCUCCCCACCACCUCCACCAUCAUGUUCGGCCACGUGGACCAUCCCAUCCACUGGGCUCGGCACCUGCUGCUGCUGCGGUCCAUUCAGGAGCGGACAGGUGGCAUCACGGAAUUCGUCCCCCUGCCAUUCGUGCACAUGCAGGCGCCAGUGUAUCUCAAAGGAAGGAGCAGGCGAGGCCCCACGUUCAGAGAGUGUGUGCUGAUGCACGCUGUGGGUCGACUGGUGCUGCAUCCCCUCAUUACGAACAUCCAGGCCUCAUGGGUAAAGAUGGGAUUGGAGGGCGUUUCUUGUCUGCUAGCGGCUGGUUGCAAUGACGUGGGUGGCACACUGAUGAAUGAGAGCAUCACACGGGCGGCUGGAGCAGUACAUGGUCAGGAAGUAACAGCUCAGCGCAUGGAAGCAGUCAUAUAUGCAGCUUGCCGUCAACCCCGUCAGCGAACCACGUUAUACGAGUAUCAUAGAGCACAUUGA